AUGACAGAUGCACAUGGUGAUAAAGGCAAAGACUCCUCUGCCCAAGAAGAUUUCAGCGUUAACGAGCCUAAUAUUUGUAACACUAGCAGGAACUUUGUUUUUGAGAUUGGCAUGAAAUUUAAUUCGAAAGAGGAAUUAUACAAUGCAUAUAAUUCAUAUGUCGUGACAAGAGUUUUUGGUGUUCGAAAGGGAGGAAAGACUAAUAAUGUAAAAGGAGAGACAACAAGAUGUUUAUUUUUUUGUUCUUAUGAAGGACAAUCGGAUAAACUUUCUCCUUUUCAAGAAAGAAAGCGACAAAGAUUGGAAUAUAGAUAUGGUUAUAUGGCUCGUAUAAAAUUCAAAAUUUCAAAUGAAAUAUGGGAAGUUUGUGAAUUCAAUGAUGUGCAUAGUCAUCCCAUGAUAGAAGAUAAUUUGAAACAUUUCAUACAUUCUGGUCGUAGGCUUACAAAUGCUACUAAAAAUAUUCUUGGUUUUAUGAUUGAUGUCGGUAUUCGUACAAAAAAAGUUGUUCGAUAUCUUCAGAAUGAAGCGGGUGGAGUUGAAAAGGUAGGAUUCAUUGAACAAGAUGCUCAUAACUUUGUUCAAGCACAUAAGAGAAAUAUGAAUAGCAGUGGAGAUGCUCAAACUUUGAUAAAUCAUUUUAUGCAUUUGCAAUCAGAGGAUUCAAACUUCUUCUAUUCUUUUCGAGUUGAUGAAGAUGCAAUGGAGGGAAAAGCACCAAAGACAAUUUUUACCGAUCAAGCUCCUUCCAUAGCCUUGACAAUUAAAGAG